UUCUACCAUCCCACCUGAUCUCUAUUUCUAUCUAACGCAUAGGAGAAAGACAAAUAUGAAGGCGAGCAAGCUAGCCGCAGCGGCGGCAUCUCGGCGCGUCUCGCUGUCAUUCGGCGGCCAUGAAUCUUCAUGCCGCGCUCUAUCUUUGUUAUUCUCCCGUGGGUAUCCUGUAUGGUGAUUGAACCAGAAUCAGAUCUUUGCAUGCCCUACCUAGCUAACCCCAAGUGCAAAGGAGCAGCUGGCCACUGGGCAACUGCGGAGAACGUUUCUUCUUCUUCCUCCGGGACACACAGCUUGCUUGGCCAUAGUAGGUAUCAAGGUAGUUGGUAUACUGAUAAGUCUGCACCAGAUCUAACAUUCUGAUGAUCUAAUCCCACUUCACCUUUGUUCGAUCCUAGCUAGCUUGCUAGUGCACUAGUUCCAAAGAAUUCACCUACUGGUUUUGUGCAGCUAAUACUCAGCAUCGCAUGAUUCGGUUCAUGAUAUUAUCGCGGCUUUGGAAAUAUUGUUGUUUGUAGAGUUUUCAGUUAGCACUAGAUGAUACUAUAUUAGUUUUCAUAAUUUUGCACUCUACCUUGCUUUUAUUUACACUGAUUGAUUUGUUCUAUGCACAUAUAACUCCAUUUAUACUAUAUAUUAUGUCUGAAUGGGUCGACCCAUUAUACCUAUUGGAUCAACGAAGGUAUAUAUAGAUGAUAGAUUGGGUCGGCCCGUGGCCUCACAAAUUGGCCCUGAGGCCAUAGGGGCCAGGUUCAAAGCCAGGUCCGGGCCGGCCCAUUCCCAUCUUGAGGAAAGAGGAAUAAUCCCCUACAUUUGUGCAAGAGGAAGAUGUUUUUUUUUACUAUCACCAAAAAUAUUUUGCUUUGGCCAUGAAAUUGGUAAUCAAGUUUUGUAUUUGGGAAAGGGUCGAGUAAUCUGAAUGUUCAUCAGCUUCACCGUACCCAUCUCCACUGUACAUGUCGUUUCCUUCACAUUUUCCCAUCCCCACUGUGCUCAGGAAGUCAGGCAGGCGUAUAAAGCUCGGUGCCUUGACUCUCUUGGAGUAGUAGUAGCUGAGUAUACAUCGAGAUCAUCUCAGUCACCGGCCCGGCCACGCUCGCCUACAGCUAGCACCGGCGGCUCCGGCUAGCCGGAGGUAGAGCUGGUGGUAUCAGCAGUUCAGGCCGGCAUGCAGAGGGGUUCGCCGCAGCUGGACUACGUGCUGGUGCCGCUGGGCCUGGCGCUGAUGCUGGGGUACCACCUCUGGCUGCUCCUCCGCAUCCGCCGCCGCCCGGAGACCACCGUCAUCGGCAUCAACGCCAUCAACCGCCGCAUCUGGGUGCGCCACAUCAUGGAGGAGCCCUCCGGGAAGCACGCCGUGCUGGCGGUGCAGACGAUGCGCAACAGCAUCAUGGCCUCCACCGUGCUCGCCUCCGUCGCCAUCACGCUCAGCUCCCUUGUCGCCGCGCUCAUGGCCAGCGGCGCCGCCCGCGGCCUCUUCUCCGCCGGCUCCAGCGGCUCGAGCAGCAGCCUCGCCGUGGGCGCCGCCGCCGGCGAGGCCGCGCUGACCGCCAAGUUCUUCGCGGUGCUCGUCUGCUUCCUCGCCGCCUUCCUUCUCAACGUGCAGUCCAUCCGGUACUACAGCCACACGGGGCUCCUCGUCAACGUGCCGCUCGCCGCGCACCGCCGCCCGGCGAGCGCCGUCGGGUACGUCACGGGGGCGCUCAACCGGGGCUUCUACUUCUGGUCCCUCGGCGUCCGCGCCUACUACUUCUCCUGCCCGAUCUUCCUCUGGCUCUUCGGGCCCAUCCCCAUGUGCGCCGCCUGCGUCGCCAUGGUCGCCUCGCUCUACUUCCUCGACGUCUACACGGACUGGGACAAGGACGACGGCGCCGGCGCCGGGGCCGGGGCCGGUGACGGACACGGUGGCGGGGAAAGGAUGACGGGCGCCAGCGGCAGGCUGAUGCCUGUAGAACUAGAAGGCGUGUGAAAUUCAUGCCAACGGAGUCCAACCGUGUCCUCUGCUUUCCAUUCAGACGGCAAGAUUUCUCUGCUUGUCGCUCAAGAGCAACAGAGGAUGUGAAUGCUGCCAAGAGAGGAUGAACUUCUCAGGAAAAAAAAUUAAAAAAAUCAGGAUUCAAUGUUCGUUGAAUCCAGAUCGUACUGGACUGUAGCAAAUAAAUGUGAUCUCCUUGGUGUUUGUACCUCAGACCUUAUUGAGCUCUGUGCAAAUAAAUUGGAUCAGGAGUAGAAGUCUCUGAUUUCAGUGAUGAUGUAAAGUCAACUUCAGGUAUCCUCCUUUCAAGAAAAACUUCAGUUGUCAUGUGU